GCAGAGAUGUAGAUCUUUGUGAAGACCCUGACGGGCAAGACCAUCACUCUCAAGGUUGAUCCCAGUGACACCAUCAAGAAUGUCAAAGCCAAAAUCCAAGACAAGGAGGGCAUCCCCCCUGACCAGCAGCGACUGAUUUUUGUGGGCACACAACUGGAGGAUGGCCACACACUCUCAGAUGACAACACACAGAAAGAGUCCACCACGCACCUGGUGCUGCAUCUGCGCCGUGGCAUCAUUGUGCCUUCCCUGCACCAGCUCGCUCAGAAGUACAACUGCGACAAGAUGACCUGCCAUAAAUGUUAUGCUCACUUGCACCCCCGUGCUCCCAACUGCUGCAACAAGUGUGGCCACACCAACAACCUGUGUCCCAAAUAA